CCGUGUUCCGUAAGGCCGGGCGGAAGUGGGUCCGCCCGGAAUUGGUUCCCCCACACGGCGGGACACCAGCACCGGCGACGCCGGAUGAGCAAGGCCUGGCGGCGCGGCAGGAUGGAGGGCGGCGAGCACGGGGAAGAGGCCGAGGCGGGCGGCGGGCACGGUUCCCACAAGAAGAAGCAUAAGAAGCACAAGAAGAAGCACAAGAAGAAGCACCACCACGAGGCGGUGGGGCCGCCCCCCCCCCCGGCCCCCGAGCCCGCUGCCAGCCUGCGCAAGCCCCAGCUCAAGCUCAAGAUCAAGCUGGGGGGGCAGAUCCUGGGCACCAAGAGCGUGCCCACCUUCACGGUGGUCCCCGAGGCGCCGCGCUCGCCCUCCCCGCUGAUGGUGGUGGACGAGGAAGAGGAGCCCACGGAGGGGGUGCCCAUCGAGCAGUACCGGGCCUGGCUGGAUGAGGACAGCAACCUCGACCCCUCGCCCCUGCCGGACCUGGACUCGGAAAGCUGCUUUCCCGCCCGUGAGGAGGAGGAGGAGGAGGAAGAGCGUUGGCUCGAUGCCCUGGAGAAGGGCGAGCUAGAUGACAAUGGGGAGCUCAAGAAGGAAGUGGAUGAGUCCCUGCUGACAGCCCGACAGAAAGCCCUCCUGCACAAGCAGCAGAGCCAGCCGCUGCUGGAGCUGCCCAUGGGCUACAAGGCGAAGGAGCUGACAGAGGAGAUGCUGGUGAAGCGGGAGGAGCGGGCCCGCAAGCGGCGCCUGCAGGCGGCCAAGAAGGCGGAGGAGAACAAGAACCAGACCAUCGAGCGCCUGACCAAGACCAACAAGGCCAAGGUGAAGACGCUGCGGGAGCGCAAAGCCAAGCAAGCCCCCUGCCCUGUCGUCCACUACUGCAACGCCACCGACCGCAUCACCGUCUCCUUCCCGGUGGGCAUGGCCCUGCCGCUGCUGCCCGCCCCGGCCCCCCCCGUGCCCCCCCCGGUCCUCUGCGGCGUCGCCGGCUGCUCCAACCACAAGCGUUACUCCUGCUCCCGCACCGGCCUGCCACUCUGCAGCCUGGCCUGCUACCGGAGGAACCUCCAGCUGCAGGAGGCUGCGGCAUAGGCUGGGGAGAGGGGACACACACACCGGCCCCUCCGCCAUGGACAGAAGGGGGGCCCGGGGCUGUGGGGCAGCCCCAGUGGGGACUGAGGCGGGGGGGUCCCGGGGCAGCGACGGGGGUCCCGGGGCUGGUCCCGUGGUGGUGCCGCUGCCUGGUGCCGCGGAGCUGAUU